AUGUACCAAGGCACUAGCCCCGCUAUUGAAAUCGACUAUGAUGAAGAAUUGACCAACCUUACGCAAAGGCAAUUAAAAUCACAUGUGGUUAAUAUCAAUGGCAAAGAUAUAGAAAGUAUACUCGAUUCAGUAAACAUUGAAAUGGAGGUUUGGUUACCUAUAGCAAAUUCGGAUUACUUUAUUUCUAAUCUUGGGCGUGUCAAAAAUAAAAAUGGUAGAAUUUCAGAAGAAAGUGUUUUGAAAGGACAUGGUUAUAUACGAUCAAAUAUUAAUAUCAACGGAGUUAGUACCAAACCUUAUACCCAUAGACUAGUUGCGCAAACAUUUAUUCCUAACCCAGAAAAACGAUCUUUUGUUAAUCAUAUUAAUGGAAUUAAGACUGAUAAUCAAGUAGAUAAUUUAGAGUGGGUGACUCCCAAAGAGAAUGCCAAUCGCAAAAUAUUUCCCAAUCCUGCUAGUCGUGGAAGAUCUCGAAAAGUUGUGCAAAAAACAUUAAAUGAAGAUAUUAUUCAGAUUUGGGAUUCGGCAAAACUCGCAGAAUGGAGAGAAAUAGAAUUUAAUUCGCAGAAAUUUCAAGUAUCCUCUUUAGGAAGAGUCAAGUUAUUAAAUGGUAUGAUCACACAAGGAUCAUUAAGUGCUGGAUAUUUUCGGGUUGGUAGAAAAUAUCUAAAUUAUCAAGUUCAUCGUUUAGUAGCAGUAGCUUUUUGUCUGAAAGAACAAGGUAAAAAUUAUGUAAAUCAUAUAGAUGGAAAUUCUACUAAUAAUAAAGCUUCGAAUCUUGAAUGGUGUACACAAAAAGAAAAUAUGCAACAUGCUGUACAUCUCAGACUUUGGAAUGGUUAUAAACGUGCAGUUAAGCAAAUUUUUGAUAAUGCAUUUACUCAAGAAUUUCUUUCAUUAAAAGAGGCAGAGCGUGCAACUGGAAUUAAAAGUCAAAAUAUUAUGGCAGUAUGUCAAGAUUGA